AUGGUGGAUCAGUCAGCAAACGUGAAUUCGCUCUCGUGCCAAAGAUGUAAGAGUAGAAAGAGCACGGGUGCUCUGGAAGCCGCUGAGGACACGUCAAACUAUAACGGAGCGCAGUCCAGCGUGUCGUCUCCUGCUCCUUCCAGCGUCGCGGGCGGGUGUGCGGCGUCCCCCUGGACGGCCUUCACUACCCCCAGCGCCGCUACUGAGCUCGACACAGCUGCCGUCCUGAAGGAUGCUGUCGACCAGGUGCAACGAUUCAGGCUGCAAAGCAUUGCCGCCGCCGCUAUUACUCAGGAUGUCAAAAUUCCUUCGGAACUUUGCAAAGUAUGGAUACAGAACUACUUCACGCAUAUGCACACAGAAAUGUUCAAUAGCCUUGUGAACCGGAAACUGCUCGAUCUGAUCCCCGACCUCCUUGAGCUUCCCCACGUUCACCUAGACCCUGCGAUUCUCGUCGUCUACUACAGCAUACUCUACCAUGGCUGUGCCCUUGGUGCGACGUUCGAGGGAAGCCCCGAUAACUUGCAGUAUGUGCGCACACUGUACCUGUGUUGCCUCCGCUCACUCCCACUCUGGCAACGGGAGGCGACGGGGACGACGACGGACUUUAUUGCCGCCGCCUUCAUGUCCCGCUGCGCUGCCGAAUGCUUCGACGAGGAGCUAAGUUGGCGCAUGUACACGUACGCCAUCGAAUACGCCCAAAAGCUGAACUUGCACAACCUUGACGCGGACGCCCACACCGACAUGAACCUUCCGCCCCCCGACGAGACGAAACUGGACUUGGAUCGAAAGGGAUUCUGGGAAUUGAUCCAGAUCGACUUCUUCUUCAGACUUCUGUUCAACAGGCCGCCAUCAAUCACCUCCAGCCUCAACUCGUGGAAGGUCAAUCUGCCGUGGUUGUCGACAAACGCACAGCCCGACAUCAACGCCGUUCCGACCAUAACGUUCCUGGUCAGCUCGCGUAUGACCUUCAUCCUCUCCCGCUUCUUCCAGGCGCUCGAGGACCCGAACUGCAACGAGGAGGAAAUGCUGCCAAAGACGGAAGAGCUCUGCCAAGAAAUCAACCAGGCCUUCGCGGAGUGGCAAUUGGACGAACUAGUGCACAGAACAAUGGCCAGCAACAACAAGGCCGACGCCUGGAUGGCAAGCGACGUGGCCAUGUCGGGGUACACCUUCAUCAUCUUCAUGCUGCGCAAGCUGUCCGUCCUGCGCUCCGACUCGCCGCGCCCGGUCCUGUGCGACGCCGACGUGCCCGACUCCCCCCUCGCCGUCGACGCCUCGCGCAGCCUGCUGGCCAUCGUGCACGGCCUCCUCGUCCAGAACCCCUCCCCCGAGGCCAUGUGCCUGCUCUUCGGCAUGUACCGCCUCUACGUGGCCCUCGCCUGCCUUCUCAACAGCGUCCUGCGCGACCCGGACAUGCGGGGCCGCCUCGGCGACGUCGCGCUGCUCGACCGCGUCGCCGGGGUCAUGGUCCUCGCGCUGCGGGGCGAGAAGGACUUCGUGCCGCUGGUGCGCGCGCUGCAGAGCCUGGGCGUCGAGGUGAAGAGGAAGGUCGGCGAGGCCGGCGGGGCGACGAGACCCUGCUUAUCAUAG